AUGAAAUCAUUUAAUUUCACUUCACUGUUCUUGAAAAGAACAUUGGGCUCGUUGAAACGAAUCUAUGCACCAUGUCGUUUUCAACAUGCUCAAAAUCCACCACCGUUGGUUGUCGAACGAGCUCUUCGUUCGAUUAAAAUGGACACAUUCGAGACGCCGUUAGUUCGAAAUUUUUGUAUCAUUGCUCACGUUGACCAUGGCAAAUCAACACUUGCUGAUCGAUUGUUAGAAUUAACAGGUGCGAUUCCGAAAUCUAAAGAAAAUCGUCAAGUAUUAGAUAAACUCGACGUUGAAAGAGAACGUGGUAUCACUGUCAAAGCAGCAGCAGUAUCGAUGUUUUAUCCAUAUAAAAAUCAGACAUAUUUACUGAAUCUAAUUGAUACACCUGGACAUGUUGAUUUUUCAACUGAAGUUGCUCGAUCACUAUCUGCAUGUCAAUCGGCUAUUCUUCUCGUUGAUGCUGCACAAGGCAUUCAAGCGCAAACAGUUGCUAAUUUUUUACUUGCAUGCGAUUCAUUUAUGGAAGUUAUUGCUAUUAUCAAUAAAAUUGAUUUAAAAGAAGCAAAAGUCGAGCGCACCAUAGCUCAAAUUGAAUCCGAAUUUGGACUUCAAGCUAAAAAUAUUAUUCAAAUAUCUGCUAAAAAUGGUACAAAUUGUGGAAAACUAUUAGAGCAAAUCGUUGAACAACUACCACCACCAAAUUAUUCUCGGACAGGUCUACUUCGAUUAUUUGUUUUUGAUUCCGUUUUUUCGUCAAGUAUCAAUUCAACAAUUAUCAACGUUGCUGUUACAGAUGGUAUCGUCCGAGCCGGAGAUAAAAUUGCAAGUAAACUAUCAGGAAAGACUUAUACAGUACUGGAAACAGGCAUAUUUAUGUAUCCGGAUCGAGUUAAAACCGAUGCAUUAUAUGCUGGUCAUGUUGGAUAUAUUAUUUGUGAUACAAAACAUAUUCAGGAUACAAUUGUUGGCGAUACAUUUUAUCAUCAAGGUGUUGAUGUUGAACCUUUGCAAACAUUUAAAGUGCCAAAAGCAAUGGUGUUUGCUGGUUUUUUCCCAUUCGAUGAAGUACAAUAUAAUACUUUUGAACAAUCCAUUGAACGUUUAGCAUUGAAUGAUACAGGCGUGAGAAUAGUCGCAACAUCAAAUCCAGCAUUUGGAAAAGGCAUGAGAAUAGGAUUUUUAGGUUUACUGCAUAUGGAAAUAUUUAAUCAACGUUUAGAAUCAGAAUUUUCACAACAAGUUAUAACAACAUUUCCUGGUGUUGCCUAUCAAUGUCGUAUUGUUGGAAAAGAUAAUAUUAAAGAGUAUGGCACAGAAUUAUUGACUAUAUCAGAUCCACUUAAAUGGCCAGAUACAAAUAUUAUACGUGAAACAUUAGAACCUAUCGUCGAUGGUCAGAUCCUUACUCCGACACAAUGCGCACCAAUUAUUAAAUUAAUCUGUGACGAACGGCGAGGCGUAUUAAAAGAAGAAUAUUGUAUAGACGAAAAACGAACGUUAUUAAAAUAUAAAUUACCUUUAGCCGAAAUAGUUUACGAUUUUUUCGAUCAACUUAAACAAGUAACAUCCGGCUAUGGUACAUUCGAUUAUGAAGAUAGUGGUUAUGAAAAGUCGAACAUAGUUAAACUACGUUUUUGCAUAAAUAAUGAAGAAAUCGAUGAAUUAUCAGUACUUUGCCAUGCUAAACGUGCGCAAACUAUUGGCAAAGAAGUUACGGUUAAACUUAAAGAAAAUAUUGAUCGACAACAAUAUGCAAUUAAAAUUGAAGCUAAAGUACAUGCAACCGUACUUGCAAGACAAAAUAUUCCACCGUAUAAAAAAGAUGUGGGAGCAAAAUUAUAUGGCGGUGAUAAAACACGUUUACUGAAAUUAUUAAAACGACAAGAAGAAGGCAAAGAGCGAAUGAGAUCUAUUGCUAAUAUUCAAGUACCACGGGACGCUAUUAUUGCAGUAUUGAAAAGAAAAUUGUAG